UUAUAUUUCAACCGGUGGAGUUGAUUUGGGACUGAAAUUUUGAAGCUCACUCCAUUUUUUCUGGUUCUUCCUGUCACCAUGAAGCUUCAGCUUCAUCCCAUUUUCUAAGUCGCAAUUGGUUCAUAAGCCAACCGAUGAAAUAGUAAUGGCGUCACUCAUAAUGGAACUUCCCGUAAUCAAUGGCUUUCAUCCAUUGCUCCGUUCCUCCUUAUGCCCUUGCCCUUGUUCUUCAAUCCGUACCCUCUUCUUUCACCGCAGGAAGAUGUUUCUCAGGUUGGCUGAACAUCGGAAUCCCUACCCAUUUCUGCACACUACAGCCAACAGUUCUCUAUCAAAUGCUACUGGAAGGAGCAAUAACGAGAAGGAUUUCUGGGACGAUUAUGAGUUCGUGGAGGUGAUUGGCAUUGGCAGUAGAAAGGAAGCCAUACUUGAUUUUUGUCUCGAGUCGGCCCUCAGGAUUUCAUCGCUGCGAUUUUGGCAAAUUGUAAAGCAUGAUUCUCUAAAAGUGCAACUACUUCAGAGAUUAAUUGAAAAAGAUUACGCCCCAAGGACGAUUGACAUUCCACUGCCACUACAAUCAUGUUCGAAGGCUGUUAUACUUGUGGUUAGUGCUGGAUAUGGCUUCGAUUACUCCGCAGCUGUCGAUAUCCUUAGAACCAUAAGAUCUGCAAAUGGAUUUACCGUUACAAUUGUCUUAAAGCCUUUUAGCUUCGAAGGGAAAAGGCGGCAAGAUGAGGUUAAACAUUUGGUAGGAAGGCUAAAGGAACAUACAAGCUUCUUAAUUGAUAUUGACACCGAUAGACUACUUGAAAAGGACUUGGUGACUCUAGAUGAAGCUGUGAGAUCUGCAAAUAAUGCUGUCUUGUUGGCUAUAAAUUCAAUGUCCAUUGUCAAGUCUGAGAUGUUAAUAAAGUUAGUACAUGAACCUCAAAAUGAUGUGAAAGAGCUUGGUGUUAUAGACGUCAUGGAAAUUUUGGAGAACCUUAAAGAAGGAAAGAUUGGAUUUGGAGCUGGUCACAACUUCCGAACUUCAAUCUUAAAGUCCAUUUACGACUGCCCUUUCCUUUGUGUGCAUUUAAAGGAUUUGAAAGGUGUGGUUGUAUGCAUUGUGGCAAGCUCGAGUAUUAUUGAUGACAAUGAUAAAAGUAUCCUGUUGGAAACUUUUCGUGAAGUUACCGCAUAUACAGGGAAAGUUAUAUUAUCCAUAAUUCAGGAUCUAAAUCUGGAGCCCAACUUUCUCAUGACAACCGUCCUUAUUGUUGGUUCGACAAAGCAGCAAUCUUCCAAAAGUAGUAGCAUUUUAUCUAGAUUGGCCCAGCGUUUCCCUUUGGUUUUUAAGCUUUUAUGGAAACCUCAAGAACCAUUGGAGGAAGCUGAAGAAAGUGAUAUGCUUGAAGAUGCAAGUCCUUCCAAUGUAAGACAGUCAUCAGACUCUGAUGUGGACAUAACGAGAAUUGCUUCAGAGGGCAUGGAUAAAGAUUUUUAUCAUGGCACAGAACCUGAAAAUCACCAAACAACAUCCAAUUGCAGUGAUUUAGUCAGUUCAAGUGAUUCUGAACAACUUGAGGCUGGACUGUUAGAAACUGAUGUGAAUUCUUUGCCUUUUAGCAAUGGAAUUAGUAGAGGAGCUUCUUUUCGCAGAGACCCCCUCCACAGAUGGAAUUUGGGUCCAGGACAUCAGAUUGCACAGCAGUGGGCCAGAGAAAGAGCUGCUGAUGCUGAGUUGGCUUCUGCACUUGACAAUAUAAGCAUAUUUGACCUCCCAGUUGGAGUGAGACCUUCGGAAGAGCUCCAAGAUAAAGCCUUUCCAAGUCCAGAGAUGAAAUAUGAGAAGAAAUCUAAAGCUUCAAUUAGUACUUCCAGAUUUUCUUCUCAGAAUUCACUGACUGAUGCAAGUUUAGAAGUGAUUAAGGAAUUUUACGAUACCUCAUCUGCAUUUUUAAAAGGGAAAUCUGCCGACAUUCCUAAGAAGCAAGGACUUCUGUCUGUUCGUGCAGCAUCGAUGCUGGAAGCUGAGCGAGAUUCACCUAAAAAGUGGAGUCCUGUUAUGGAGUUGAAGUACAGAGGUGGCAUUUACAGGGGACGUUGCCAAGGAGGGCUCCCCGAAGGAAAGGGCCGUUUGGUUCUUCAAGAUGGGAGCAUAUAUGAUGGUAUGUGGCGAUAUGGUAUGAGAUCAGGUCAAGGAACAGUCUACUUCAACAAUGGAGAUAUGUUUCAGGGAUCAUGGAGGGAUGAUGUCAUGCAUGGAAAGGGCUGGUUUUAUUUUCACACAGGAGAUAGGUGGUUUGCAAACUUCUGGAAGGGAAAGGCUUAUGGAGAAGGACGCUUCUACUCAAAGUCAGGUGAUGUUAUAUUUGGUCAUUUCCAAGAUGGAUGGCGUCAUGGCGACUUUCUUUGCAUUAAUGUUGACGGUUCAAGAUAUAUAGAAGUUUGGAAUGAAGGUUAUCUUAUGGGACGUGAGAAUUUGGACUCCGAUGCUGAUACUGCAUAAAUAACAAAUAUAUUAGUCUCUGUUUUGCGAUCACUGGGAAGUGUUUUCACAUCAAGUCGUCCCAGAAAUUGUACAUCCUGUAGCUUCCGAAUUAAUUCACUUUUCUUGCUUUUUCCUACUUUCAGGUUUCGAAUUCUUUGGGACUACAAUGAUGUAUAAUAUGUACAUUGAUUCAAUUGCACGUUCUAAGAUCAAGUCAUUCUUUUGUUGCCAAAAACAA